CCCCCCCACCCCCCCCCCCCCCCCUCUCUCUCUCUCUCGCAGCUCCCUCUACUUCUCCUUCUCAACAACUGAAGGAAAGAAGAGAACAUCAAACUCAGCAAAUGGCUGUGUCUACAAUAUACAGCACCCCUUCUCUCAACUCCACAACCUCAAUCACCACCCAGUCAAAAACCCACCUAGGAUUCAGCACUCAGAACCAAUUCAUCUUCUACAAAAAGACCAGAAGAGGAGAGAGAAGAAGCAACUACUCCUUCUCGUGCUCUGCAUCAGCUGAACAGCAAACACUAGUUAUAGGCUUAGCUGCAGACUCAGGAUGUGGGAAGAGCACAUUCAUGAGGAGACUUACCAGUGUUUUCGGCGGGAAAGGAGGAAACCCUGAUUCAAACACUCUCAUCAGUGAUACAACCACUGUCAUAUGCCUCGAUGACUACCACUCAUUGGAUAGAACUGGAAGAAAGGAGAAGGGAGUCACUGCUUUGGACCCGAGAGCUAACGAUUUCGAUCUGAUGUAUGAGCAGGUGAAGGCACUUAAAGAUGGCGUGGCUGUUGAGAAGCCUAUUUAUAACCACGUCAGCGGGCUUCUUGAUCCUCCUGAGCUCAUUAAGCCACCCAAGAUUCUUGUCAUUGAAGGACUUCAUCCCAUGUUUGAUUCUCGUGUAAGGGAUCUUUUGGACUUCAGUAUUUACUUGGACAUUAGUAACGAGGUCAAAUUUGCAUGGAAAAUUCAGAGAGACAUGGCAGAACGUGGGCACAGUCUAGAGAGCAUCAAAGCUAGCAUUGAAGCUAGAAAACCUGAUUUUGAUGCUUACAUCGACCCACAAAAGCAAUAUGCAGAUGCAGUGAUCGAGGUUUUACCAACGCAAUUGAUUCCGGACGACAAUGAAGGCAAAGUGUUGAGGGUUAAAUUGAUAAUGAAAGAAGGGGUUAAGUACUUUAGCCCGGUUUACCUCUUUGAUGAAGGCUCAACAAUCUCUUGGAUACCAUGUGGAAGGAAACUAACUUGCUCCUACCCUGGGAUCAAAUUUGCCUAUGGUCCAGACUCUUACUACUCCAACGAGGUUUCAGUGUUGGAGAUGGACGGGCAAUUUGACAGAUUAGAUGAGCUCAUAUAUGUGGAAAGCCAUCUAAGCAACAUAUCGACCAAGUUCUAUGGCGAGGUAACACAACAGAUGUUGAAGCAUGCUGACUUCCCUGGGAGCAACAAUGGUACAGGUCUUUUCCAGACAAUCGUUGGUUUGAAGAUUAGAGAUUUAUACGAGCAAAUAGUUGCGGAGAGGGCAGCUUCUACCGUUGAAGCUGCCAAAGUUUAAGACUCCACGGGUAUAGAGUUACUUGAAUUUAUCCCUUUUUUGCCUCAUUGCUAUUUGUAUAUUCGUGAAGAAUUAAGGGAAAAGUGAUGUAGCAAACUCCCAUCAUAUUGGAGGCAAUGGGAGAUGUAAAUCCCCUCCCUUUAAGUGUUAUUAUUAUUUUGCACAUAAUGCUCGCUAUUAAUUUACAUUUCUGUACACAUUGGACAGAUAUCACAUGCAUUUGUCAAUAUAAGAAAUGGGUUUUCCUCCA